CUAGCUUCACUGUCAAUUCGAGAGCUGCGAAGAGUACGCUCGCGUCUAUUACGUGGUGUGUUUAUAGUGAAGUGGAUUUUGUGAUGAGAUUAUCGAAUGUCGUGAAGUGAAAGAUAGUGUUGUUUUUAUGACGAAGUGUAACUUAAGUGUUGGAAACAAUGUUUAUGGUAAAUUUUAAGUGAUUAAUCAAAAUGUGUGAAGCACCGUUUAGUGCAAAAUUGAUUUUUGCCACGUAGUGACGCAAACGGGUAAUGAUUCCUAAUGUGGAGUUCGAAGCAAGAUGGUUAGAGAGACUCGGCACCUGUGGGUUGGAAAUUUACCCGAUAACAUUCGUGAAGAUCGAAUAAGGGAGCACUUCAAACGCUAUGGCCGAGUCCAGAAUGUCAAGUUGCUGUGUAGAACGGAAACUGCAAACGCGGUUACUGCCACAAGUAGUGGCUCAAGUGGUGUUUGUGCUACAGUUGCUUUCAUGGACAUCAAGUCGGCAUCGAAAGCACAUAACGCAGAGCACGUACUCGAUGAACGGACACUCACUACCGAAUACUAUGAGCCGGCAGCGAUACCGUCGGCGGCUGGUGCACCGUCAGCUGGCUCUUCACCCGCUGGUUCCGGUUACUCUGGCUCUUCGUCCUCCGUGAAUUCAGCACCAGCUCCCGCUUCCGUUUCGCGUUACCAUCUAUCUGGCGGUGAGGAAAGCACAGGCAACACGUGUCCAAUCGCUGCGACGGCGGCGGCGCCUGCCAACUGGCGUGGUACCAACGACAGUGCAUCAGAGUACUGUCGCCGCGGCAACACACCCGCAGCGUACGGCAGGUACCAGAGAAACAACUCCAACGCGCCGUACGCGACACCACCUUCCAACAUAGAUAGGUCAACACCUCAUCAUCGAUGGUAUGCGAGUGGAGAUCGGGGCGGAGGGGGGACAGGAGGUGCGGGGGGCGCGACGGGCGGCGAGAGCACGCCAAGCACUCCGGGCGGCGGCACGGAGGGCGGCCGGCGGCGGCGCCAUUCGGGCUCGGGCUCGUCGCGCUCCGACUCAACCUCGCCCGAGCCUAGUGACACAUCUCGUGCUUCCACUCCUGCCGCGCCGCCACCCUUAUCUCAUCAUCCCAAUCAUCGUACCCCUCCCGCACAUCAAUACCAGUGGGCAUCAACAGCAAGUGGUAGACCACUCGCAAUUUGCGUACGAAAUUUACCUACCAGAUCUACUGAUACCUCAUUGAAAGAUGGUCUCUAUCACGAAUAUAAAAAGCAUGGGAAAGUGAUAUGGGUUAAAGUGGUCGGUCAGAAUGCCGAUCGGUAUGCAGUUGUACGUUUUAAGAAGCCGUCCGAUGUUGAGAAAGCACUCGAGGUUUCUCAAGAUAAGCUUUUUUUUGGAUGCAAGAUCUCAGUUGCUCCCCACCAAAGUUGCGAUGAAGAUGCCGAUUCGGCUAAACCUUACGAGACUGAUAUUGACGAGUAUCAUCCAAAGGCGACAAGAACUUUAUUUAUCGGUAAUUUGGAGAAGGAUGUUACGCAACAACAGCUGAGAGACAAAUUCAAGCACUUUGGUCGAAUAAUAGAGAUCGAUAUCAAGAAGGGUAGCGGCGGGGGAGCCGGGUAUGCGUUUUGUCAGUACGCGUCGAUAUCUAGCGUGGUGGAAGCCAUCCGCUCAAUGGAUGGGGAGUACGUCGGGGGCUCACGUGUCAAACUAGGCUUCGGCAAGCCCGUCGCCACCACUUGUGUCUGGGUAGAUGGUCUCACCGAACAUACAGAGAAACAGGUACUGGGGGCGGUGACACGAUGCGGCUCGGCGACGUCGGUGUGUGUGGACCGCGCGGCGGGGGCGGCGCUCAUACACUUCGAGCAGGCCGUCACGGCGGGCAUGGCGGUGCGCGAGCUGCGCCGCGUGGCCGCCCAGGCCUCCGCCGCCGAGCCCGAUCACCCGCGUCUCUGCGUUGAUUACGCCUCGCGGGAGUGCCAGGAGGCGUUCUAUGAGCAACUCGGGAAACACGGUGGCCCAUCUGCUCUCUCUGGUUCCGAAAGACUGACUGGCGAUCUCGCUACGCGAUACGUACCGAGCACGCGGCACGACCCGCUACGAUAUGAAAAUUGCGGUUCGCGAUCACGAGCAUCAAGUUACGGUCGGGGAUCCUCGCGAACACCACGCUACACAACGAUUGAUCAUUAUGAUCCUACGGAUUAUGCCGCCGACCGACGUUACAGGGUAUACGAUGAGUUAGGUUCCAGUCCGCAGACGGAAGAUGCGCCUUAUGACGACAGAUUACAGUCUGUUGUCGUGUCGCCACAUCGUGCCCGGCGGCAUCGACGCGACUCUAGCAAUGAAGACCGAAAACAUUCAAAGGAGCGACAUCGGAGCGCUGGCGGGAGCAGUGGUGUCGCUGCAGUGGUAGGACAGUGCAGCGGGCGGCGGUCGCGGUCGGGGUCGCGCGGCGGAGAGAAGCACGCGGGCCGGCGGAGGCACCGGCGGCGCCGAGAUGGUUCCGGUUCACGCGCCGGCACUCCUCUUCGUGACGAGACUGAUGCGUUGCCCUGUGAGCCACGCCGACCGCCGCGCGAACGCCCUCCGCUGCCCAUGAGUUUGCCUUUACCGAAGUUCGCGGCUCAGCUGUUACGCGCUGCACCAUCAGCACCGCGGCCAACACCGGCGCCGGCGCUGGCGCCGGAUUCACCGCCGCGUCCGCCUUCUGCCUCUUCUUCAAGCGCUGGCUCUGCACCGCAUUCACCUUCAUUAGAGGAGCGUAUUCGUAGUCUUGAUGAAAAAUACGAGAGAUGGAGCGGUUCUCGUGCUCUCGCAGACGCACCUGAUCGAGCUCGUCUUCGUCACCGAUUACUCGAAGUCGACAUCAAUGAAGUAAAGCCGUCGGAGGUUGUACGAUCACUACUUGCGAAACGUUCCGUGUUCGAUGAAGACUCGGAGCGACUGGAAGGAGCGGCGAGGGCGCCGAGCCCAGUCGGCAGUCCUCGCCGCUCAGCGCCAUGUACUCCUCGCGCACUUCGUUAUCCGUUCCCGGCGCAUCCUACACACCCAUCACAGUCUCUUGCACCUUCGUCGACACCUACAACUCCAACUCUGCCGUCUUUGUUACACCCGCAACAGCUCGACGUUGACGUCGAUGCGACGGAUCGCCCGGCAGAUCCACGUCUCAAUCGCCAUGAAAGACCUUUCCAGUUAGAGAGACUACCUAAUAAAUUUAACGAGAGCGAUUAUAGACUCGAUUCGAGGAUCCGACCGAGGACGCCCUCGACGGAUCGAUCGCAGCCCGACUCGAGUGAUCGGAAAUCACCUCGAAUGGAAGGAGAUGCUAGUAGUGAUCCAAGAAGUAUUAUUAAUAGAAGGCGGCGAAAUUCUCUUUUUGGAGAAAAUAAGCCCAGUGCGGAUAUAAGCGCCGAUAAGGAAAUUUGCGACAGUUCAGACGGAGUCGAUCCUGAGUACCAAAGCAGGUUAAAGAAUACGAAUAUAUCGCAUAGACGUUUGUCAGAUAAAAGCAUGGACUGUAAUGACGGAAAAUUGACUCCCACAGCAUCAUCUAGGGCUGAAUUAUUACAAAAUGAAAACAAACGGUCUGAUACUAUUCCACUCAGCAAUCAAUGUGAAGAUACUAUUGCUCGAGAUAUCGCAGAUAUAUUAUUGAAUGAAGUCGCUAAAGAACAAGAACUUGUUAAGACAGAAAAUCAAGAAAAUCGAGCCAAAACUACAAAUGAUCACAGCCUUAAAUCUGACUUGACUAUUCAAAAAGAAAGUAAAUUACAAUUAGAUAGUGAAAAUAAGUUUGACGAUUCUAGUUGCCAAAUAAAAAGAGAAAAUGAAAACUGUAAAGAAAUAUUUAGCCCAAAUCACAAUAAAGAACUAAUUGAAAUAGAAACGCAACAGAAUCAUUUAAACACUACUAAUUUACCUAAAGUAAAUAAAGACGUUUCUGAAUUAAUUAGCCAAGAAUUUAUGAAGGUUAGUGAUAAAAAUGGGAAGGAGAGAUUCAGUCAAAAUAUCAUAUUGGAAGCCUUGCAUAUUACGAAAUUGGAAAAAGAAAAUAUUGAAUUUGAGAAAUGUAUUGAUAAAGACAAAUACAGUUCCAACACACAUUUUUUCUCAGAGAAAAAGGUAUCUGAAAGCGACAAAGAAGAUCGAACCAGACAUGACCGCGACAAAAUACGUCACAACAGAGAUCGUGUUGAAAAAGAUAGACAUGAUUAUGAAAGAGAAAAAACAAGAAACAAUAGACAUGACAAAAAUUUAGAAAGAAAUGAUAAAGAUAAAAGGAAUAAAGAAGACACUACAACUGAAAAACAACAUGGUGACAAAAGUAAAGUAGACCGAGAUGCGGAUAAAUCUCAUAAAGAUAAAAAUGAUCGUGAAACUGAUAAAAAUAAACAAGCAGAAGACAAGUCAAGAUAUGAGCAUCACAGAAAAGAUAAAUCUGACAAAGAUAAAAGAAAAGAAAGUGCCGAUAUUGAAAUUAGGUCAAAGAAAGAAGAAAAACACAAACAUGAAAAAUCUAAGAAAGAAAGUGGCGAUAACAGACGCGAUAUUAAAAAAGAAUCUGAUUCUGUCAAGAUUCGAAAGUCUUCCAGAGAUGAAAUUUCUCGCGAUUUGUGUCGUAAAGACUCUACUGAUUCAUCGACUUCACGUGCUUCUCAUGAUUCAACUAAACUCAAAGAUUCAGAACACAAUGAGAUUAAAGAAGAAACCAAGUUAAAAGUCAAACACUAUGACUUGUUUUGUAAACAAGAGGAUAAAGAUUCAACGCUUGUUAAAUCUACUGACACUAUAAAAGUGGAACCCGUAGUAAGGAUUAAAACAGAAAUAAAGGAAGAGAAAGAUCAAAUAGAAGCAUAUAAUAAAAUAAAAAAUGAUAUGAUUUUGGAGCAUACGAGCAAAUCCAAAGGAGAUACAGCUGAAAAACAGAGACAUUACUCCGUGGAUUCGCCAAGUCUUGAUUCCAAACGCAAAGAACGGCUAAAUUCCUGUUCUAGUCUCCCUUCGAAUAUUGGACAUAAGAGAAGAAUGUCAUCACAAGAUAGUUUAGAAUCUUUUAAUGAAGAUUUUAAGAAAUCGAGACAUGAUCAAAAAAUUGAAAGAAGAGACUCUAAAGAUUCAAAAAAUACCGAUAAACAUAAAACUGCCAAAUUUAACAGAGGUCAUUUUGCUAAAAUAAUAGAAAGUAAGACAAAAGAUGAUAAGAAAAAUCAAGUAAAACCACCUGACGAUACAUUCGAAUUAAAAGACGACAUAAAAGAACCAAAAUUUUCUGGGGACAAAAUAAAAUCAAAAAAGAGCCCGAAAAUAGAUAAUGAAGAAAAAAUCAACAGCGAUGAAGUAUCUGAAGGUCUACACAAUGAUUUAGACUUUUUAGCAACUUUAGAGCUUAGAUCAAGCGAAGAAGAUGAAAAGCAAAAAGCUCUGAGAAAGGAAAUGAAAGAAAAGAAACGUAUUCAGCAGUUACAGCAAAUCCACGAACUUCAACUACAACAAGGUGCUUUGAUGCAAGCAGACCUUUUGAAUAAAUUAAAGGAAGAUAAAAAGCAGAAACCAGAAGACAAGAAAAAAGAAGCUGCACGUGAAAAGCGAAUGUCAACAGAUCGUAAAAGUAGAGACGAUAAAAAUGAUGCUAACAAACGGAAAGGUCGAAAGCAAUUAAAUAGUACAGAUAGUUCUGAUUCAGAUGAGCCUAAAAAGCAUUCUAUAUUCGAUAUAAUCGACGAUGGACCUACUUAUAUAUCAAUGUAUGAUAAAGUUAAGGCUCGUUCAUGUAAAAAUAUGCAGAAACAAGAAGCAGAAAAGCGCCAAGAAAAAAUUAAAGCGAAGUUUAGUCAGUUGAAGCAGAGUAGAGCUAAACGUGAGGAAAAGAAAAGAUCCAGUUGGGACGAAGACAGCGAUUCGGAUCACGAUAGAAAGAAAAAUCAAAAAUCGUCUGUGGAUAGUUCUACUGAUGAUGAAAAUAUUGCGUUCCGUGGCAAAAAACGUGAUAAAUUAAUAGAGUCUAAUAUUGAUUACGUUCAUAGAAAUAUUAAUGAAUAUUUCAACAUGCCAAACAAUGAUGAUUCUCGUAAUAAACUGUCUCGUAAAAACUCCAGGUCACGUAUAAUGUCUGAUACAUCUGAUGAUGAUACGUCGAAAAGAAGUUUGAGUAAAAGCCCCAAUUAUGUUAUAGACAUCAAGAAAGAGAUAACAUCAGACUCUGAGAUUUUACAAAGGCCAAAAGACACAAUUCUUAUUAAAGAAACCGAUGAUAAAAUUAAAAGAAAUUCUUUAUUAAAUCUGUUUGGAAAAAGCGACAGUGAUGAUAGUAAAUUAAAAUCUGGUAUAGAAACCGACACUGACUAUAAACUUAAUUUUAUGAAAAUAAUUUCCAACGAUUUUUCAUCAGAAAGUGAAUCUAUGUCUAAUAGAAAUUCAGAAGUUCGCAAAAAACACAAGCGAAAACAAAAGAAACAUAAAUGUAUAUCAGACGAUGAAAACAAAACUGAAACUAAUGAUGGAGAAGGAGAAACAAAACAUAAAAUUUCUGAAAAAACACGACGUCACAGUAACAAGAAGGAAAAAAGAAAAGAUAAGAUCCGUGGAAGUAUGGAUGCUGAUGAAACACGUGAAGAUAAAAAUAAACUGAAAAAGGAAAAGAAAAAUAUAAAUAAUAGUUUUGAUUAUAGUAUAGAGUCUAUUUCCAAAAAAGAUGGGAAAAUGGAAGACAUUUUUGGCCCUCUUUCAGAUGAAUCGGAUAAAGAUAUUACAGCACCGUUGUCUAAUAAAGUGGACUUUUCGUCACAUGAUUAUGAAUCCCAAUAUAGUACUAACAAUCAAAUGACAGUAAAUAUUGAUGACGUUAAAUAUAAAGAACGAGAUGAAAACAAGCGGAAAAAGGAGAAAAAACGUAAGGAAAAGCGACAUUUUGUCAAAGAAGACGAUAAUAGUUUGGAUGUUGAUGCUGUUAGUAAAGCUAUAGAAGCUCGACUUUUUGCUGAUAAUAUUGAUGAUGAAGAUAGUCGCUCGAUAAAUUUGGAAGUAAUAUCUGAACGCUUAAAGAAAACUGACCUAAUCGAAAUAGAUUAUAAAGGCGAUGUUAUUAUUGAAAAUAUAAAACUUGGUGACAAACACGAAAAGAUGAAGAAAGAUUGUAGAGAAAAAAAGAAGAAAAAGAAGAAAAAUAAAGAUGAAAGACAAAGUCGUAAAGAACACCAUAAUUACCACCAUCACGAUAAAGUACAGGAUAUAUCUGAAUUAGUAUGCGAGAACAAUAUUUCUUUGGAGAUGCCAUCAAAAACAUCUAUUUUGGACAUACCUUUGCCGAGUGAAACGAUAAGUGAUAAUAAUGCCGAUAAAUCAGAUGAUUGCAAAUCACUUUCUGAAUCCCCAAGUUUGCCAAGAUUGACAGAAAGUCCGCCUGUUCCAGCACAAACAACUGGAAAGCUGGAGAGCAAAAGCAGGAGUGGAUCCUUAGGAGAGAUUUCAGUCGACGGUACUUUCGAAGGUACUUUUACGGAUAAAACAGUAAUUGAAGUGAUUGAUAUUCCAAUGCCAUCGCCAAUUGAAAAUAUUAUAAAAGAUAUCAGUGAAGUACCGUUACCUAGCGACCCUGCCCCUACUCAGUCAGACCACAGUAAGAGAGAGAAUUUUAUCCAAUUUGUAAGUGAUAUAAACACAGAAAUUAACAGUAAAAAUGCUGUCCGUAGUAUACCUAAUUUAAUAGAUUCCGAGCAACAGCUUGAUAAAAUAGACACACAUGCUUCUAAACUUGAUAAAAAAUCUGAGGAGAAACCUAGGGCCAUUAUUUCUCAAGAAGAAACUGAAGAUGCUGUAGCUGCACUCUUGGGUGAGAGUUUUGGGGGGAAGGUAAAUACGUUUAACGAUUAUGAACAAGUUAAUAAUGAUUCAUCUCAUGAAACUGAAAUUGAAAAUGUUACUAUAGAGAAUGAGAACAUACCUGAGGAGGAUGCCGAGGAAAUGAGACAAGCUGUUCAAAAUUUAAAUGCCAGUGAAAUGGAAAUGAAACCUGACACGCCAGUAUCUGAUAAUGACCUUCUGUUAAUUGACACUGAUACAGAAGAAGUAGACGAAACUCCUCAAGAUGCAAUUGAAAAAUUACCUGUUAAUAUUAUUACAACUAAUCAAACCUUGAAUGCUUGUCCUGAACAACGUAAAUCUACAGAAAUAUCAAAUAUUGUUAUUGCGAAACCUAAAACUACUAUAGUUCAAGUUUUAACUUCUGAAGCAAAUGAUUCUAAUGCGAAAGUCAACGAAACCGAAAUUAAAUUUCAGUUAGCUAAAAGAGAAAGUCCGCAACAAAUUACCUCAACGUCAACACCCGUUAUAACUUCAUGGGCAUUAACAAAUAAAUUACUUGACCCACAUGUUUUAAAUAUUCAAGGUAAUCAAUUGUCCGGUAGAGACAAAAAUGAAAAUAAGCCAACACAUAUUACUGCAAAUAUAGUUCAAAUAAAAGCUCAAAAUCAGAACGUCCAAAUUAAUAACUCUCUACGACCUAUUAUCGCACCGAACAGGGUGGGGGCACCGUAUCAAGUUAUUAAUCAAAUGAUUCGGCCACAAACGCCUAAUGUGCAACCGCCCACUAUUAAAAUACCGGAGCCUCAAAUUUUAUAUCAGAAACCUCCAGGAUUUGUUAUAUCACCAAGAAUGUCUACUGAUCCUAGACUACAAAGCCCAAAAGCCAAUACACAAAGCGAGGGAAUGACUUCACCAAGAUUAUCAAAUAUGACAAUACUAAACACUUCAUCACAAAAUCUUAAUUCUGUCGGCAUAACGGCAUCUCCAAAUGCAUUACAACAAAGAUCUCCAGGUCAAGUGACUGUAGUACGAAUGCAGCAACCUCCGUUAAGUCCUAUUCAAACAGUGCAUAUACCACAUGGUACAAGAUCUAUGGUGUCCCCUAAUAGACCUAAUUCUGUACUAGUGCAAACACAAGGACCACCUUUGCAUUUUAACCGUUUACCUGUUACUCCUGUGUUAGCACCGAUAUCCAAACAGAUAGGUGUUAAUAAUAUAGUCCAACAAAAUAAAGGAAUUGGCGUAAGCAGUUCUGCAAUUGUACAUCAACAAAAAAUCAUAACAACUGAUUGUAGAAAAGGUGAUCAAACUGAAAAUUCUAAAAUAAUAUUAUCUCCUACAACUUUGCAACAAAGUACGAAUCCUACAGUAAUGGCACAAAAUCGUUUAAUAUCAAUGCAAAAUGCUAUACACGCGGGUAACAUUAAUUCGACUUUACAUUUGCCAAAUAAGGUGUUAAUAAGUAACAUGAACCAGUUAAGUGAUAAAAGAGAUGGUCAAGUUCAGAAAUCAGAUCAACUUAAUCACGUGCCAUUUGGGUCGACUCCAAUUAUACAUGUUACAGGAGUAAACCAUUCUACUCCAUCUAUUAUUCAAACAGGCCCUAAACCGGUUGUGUGUACCCUUCAAGAAACUAGGGUACCGGCUUCUAACGUUAUACAUAAUUUGAAUUCUCAAAGACUAUUAACAACAGCACCUAUAACUAACGUUAUUCAAAUAGAUGCUAAUAAAGGCCCUCCUUCUGUAUUGUCUAUGGCAACAAUGAGAUCCCCAACUGUUUUAACAAAAUUGGACUCUUCUACCUCUGCAGCUGUUACGACUACUAGUCUUACAAAUGUAGUAAUGACUCCAUUACUAUUAAAAACAAGUACUACUUCAGGAACAGUCAGAGUAAACACCAAAAACGAAACUGAACAAAAUGAAAUCCAUCUAUCUGGGUCGCUACAAAAUCAUUUGACACGAGAUAGUGAUUUAAAAGUAGACGACAAAUCAAAUACUAGUAAAAUGCCUCUAAUUGAUUCUAUAGAUCAACAAAAAGAACAGUUUGUAUCUCAUGUUAAAUCUCCAUCGCCUGUAGAAAACAUUGCGAAGUGUGAGACUGAUUUUGAGGAAUUAUUAAAGGACAACACCAAUGAAAUAAAAGUAACUAACGAUCCUGAGAAAAAACUUGAGGUUAAUGUAGGAAAAACUGUCACAUUGUUUGCUGCUGGUACUUCAAUUCGGGAAAGGAAACAGAGUGUAGAGUGUUCUAAAAAUGACAAUGUAGAAUUAAAGUCAUCUUCUGAAGAAAAUAAAAAGAAAUUGGGUUUAGAUAACGAAAUAGAGUCACUUAAAAAUGAACCAGAUAAGAAAGAUUCACCUAUUUUAGAAAAGGAAAAUUUAGAUACUUCUCCUGAGAAAUUUGAACCUAAACUUGAGGUUUCGAAUAACAUUAAUCCGAUUGGUAUAAUUGUCAAUAAUAUAUCAAGUGAAGGUAAAAUGUCACCAGACCUUGAUACAGGAGUGAACCCCGAAGAAAAUGCUUUUUUAAAUCUUUUAUCGAAACAGUCUGAAGAUCAAAUAAAAAAUUUAGACGAAAAUGAUUCUUGGAGUGCUAAGGAUAUUAAUAUAGACUCUGUAAUUAAAAAGGUCGAUUCUUUGUGUAAUGAAAAUAAUAAUGAAAAUACUGAAACGUCGAGCAACAAUAAAGAAAUAGAUUUAGAACCAAAAGAUGUAAUAAAAGACAAUGAUUUAAAGGAAUCUAGUAUUUCUGAUAAAUUGACUAUAGAUGCUGAUAACAGGACAUUAGAUACACAAAUUGAAAAUAGGAAUGAUAACACUACACAAGAAUUAAAUAUAGGAAAGAACACUACUCCUAGUAAACGAGGAGGUCGAAGUACAAGAGGAAAGAAAUCGGAAAAGAAUCAAGAUAGAGUACAAACAAGACAGAUAUCUAAGCCAGCCAGAGGUGCAUCUACUAAACGAGGAAGAGGAAGAGCCAAAGUUGAUAAAAAAAUCAAGAACUUCAUUAAUAAUAGCUCUAAUAAUAUGCCAGGAGAUGUUUAUGAUUUUCAUGAGGACUCUGGUGACGAAACAGCUACGUCACCUAAUAAAUCUGAAACCAGACCCAGAUUAAUUUUAACUAUAAAAAGUCCUCAAUCGGGGCAUUCCAAUGCUAUAGCUACGUCUUCACUUAGUAUACAAAAAGAUCAAAGCAAAAUUAAUGAAAAGGCAACAAAAGAAGAAAAGAUGGAAGAUUUUGUCUCGCCUUCGCCAAACACACGGAAAUCAAGACGACUUCAAGAAAAAGAUGUACAACGAAGUACUGUUGAUGAAAUUAUAGACGAUGUUAUUAAAGGUUCGACGACGCCUACUACUAAAACUUCUAAAAAAAGACCUGCUAGACAAACAGCUCUUAAAGCAAAUCAAGAAAAAUCCGGAACGGAUACUCGAAAAUCUCCCCGAGGUGUUAAGAGGACUCGGGAUAGAAGUCUCUCUGAUGCUUCUAUUGACAGCGGGGAUGAGAAAAUUAAUAAAAAAGAAGACAUUGUAAAGGAAAUAAAAAUACCCAAAUUGGCGGAACAAGCAGUUGCUGCUAAAAUUGAACCUGAUUCACCACCUAAAACUUCAGCACAUGCUGUCGUUGUUCAACCGACGAUUACUUCAACUCCUAUUAUGAAACCUCCUAAAAAAAUGAUAUCAGAGAUCAGUGCCAAAUUGGCCAGCGCAUUCGAAGCCGCUGCAACUGCCGCCCCCCACGGACCACUACGACGAUGCAGAAUUUGGUGGAUCGCGUGCCUCAAGAGGUUGAAAAACAAUCACCUGUAUCACGCGAUCCUAGGAUUCAUGAGCCAGCCGCAGCGACACCAGCGACUUCCGACAGUGCCGACAGCUGCUGGUAUUGGUAUCAGUGCAGUGCGGGCAGAGCCGCAGGUGAAUGAGGUCAGAUUUGCGCGUCGCCUAGUCGACAGUGUCCCGGGCUCUAUGAUGCCAGUAGGCACUGAGGCGACAGAUGCGCGAGUACAGUCGCCAGCACUGCCUCAUCGUCCACCUUCGAGUCACCGUCCUGCCGACCGAGCUACGCCUGUUCUUAUAAGGGGAGGAGAGAGCGAUGGCCCGAUGGUGGGCGGAGCGGGCAGCGGUGGCAGCGCAGCGACGGGUGGCGCGGGCGUCGCGGGCGGCGCGGGGGGCGCGGGCGCGGCGGGCGGCGGCGCCGACCCGGGCCCGGGCGCGGGCGCGGCCGCCGCCGGCCUGGCAGCGGGCGCGGGCGCGGGCGCGGCUCGCUUCCGCGCCGCCUACGCGGACGCGGCCAGUCUGCCGCGCGGCGCGCACCACCCGCCCACGCAUCCGCCGCACCCGCCACAUCCCUCGCUGCCGCCGCACCCGCACUCGCACUCGCACCACCACAUCAAGCAGGUCGCCGUCGUCGGACCGCACCACCAUCAGCAUCCUGGUUCCGCAUCUCGUGUUACACUUACGAGUGUUCCGAACAUCAGUCCGCAAGGUCAAAUGGCAUUGUCUGCGGAUUUAGUUAGAAGUCCCCCGCCAGCACAUCAACAGACUUCUCCUAUCACCUCGGUAUACCAUAAUGGCGAAGGGAUGUAUCCACAUUUUUCACAUCAACACUAUCAGAUGUAUCAACAACAUUUCCGCGCUACACAACAUGAGAAUCGUACCACUCCUUCACCUUAUACCAGAAGCCUGGAAGCGGAGGGCUCAGAGGCGCCGACACCGCCGUUGGAGCUGCGGAGGCCGCCGUCGGCGCGCGUUCCGCGUCCAGCGCAUUCGCCAUCACCAGCGGAUCGCCAUAUCAUGUAUGCGGUGGGGUGCGGGCGUUCGCCGCGCUCACCGCCGCCCGCGCACGGCACGUCGCGCCUGGCCGCCGCGCUGCCGCCGCCAGCCGCGCCCGGGCCGCCGCACGCCUCGCAGGUGCCGCGCGAGGCCGACAGCCUGCAGAUGCUGCUGCGGCGGUAUCCGGUGAUGUGGCAAGGGCUGCUGGCGUUAAAGAACGACUCGGCCGCCGUUCAGAUGCAUUUCGUUGGCGGCAAUCCCGGCGUCGCGGGUGACACGCUUCCCCGUCACGCCGACGGCUCCACGCCGCUGCUACGCAUUGCGCAGCGAAUGCGCCUCGAACCCACGCAGCUCGACCAGGUGCACCGCAAGAUGCAGAUGGAAAGCGAACACUGUAUGCUACUAGCGCUGCCGUGUGGUCGCGAUCAUAUGGACGUUCUUCAGCAGUCGACCAACUUGACUGCGGGCUUUAUCACAUACUUGCAGCGUAAACAGGCUGCUGGCAUAGUCAACGUAGCGCCACCCGGACAUCAACAGGCCAUGUUCACGGUGCACAUCUUCCCGUCGUGCGACUUCGCGAACGAGAAUCUUAAUCGCAUCGCACCAGACCUGAUGCACCGCGUCGCCGACAUUGCGCAUUUGCUCAUCGUUAUAGCCACUGUUUGAGCCGCGCGCCCACACUGUACCGCCGCAUGAUGACACGUGAGCGACGCCCAUUACUAUGGUUGCACUAUUACACUCAUUGUCUAUAUUCUAUGAUCGAUCACCCUUCUCAGUGGAUUAAUUUGAAACAGACGCUAUGUGAGUAUUCCUGAUUAGAUAAACGUGACACCAAAUUUGCCGAAAAGGACGCUUAGACGAUUAAUAAUAAUAAUAAUAAUGCAUUGUAAAUAUGGCCAGGUUGUGAAUCUUUUUUAAAAAUUUGUCUUUUUUUUUAUUUUAUCUAUCGGUCGACCUGGUAGAAUUGUGAAACAAUCGCUGCGUAUACAAUUGAUUUUCAUGGAUGAUAAUGUUCGUAGGAAUUGAGAUGGAAUACCUCUGUGAAACUGAACUCUCGUCGUAGUGAUGUAACGUUAAUUUUAUUUAUUGUUAUCGCGCGACAUGUCGCAACUGCGACGGCGGCGUGUCGCGCACUUGUAUAAAGUCUCAUGUAACUAGAUAAGCCGUCACUUAUUUAAGUGCUAGAUAUAAGUCAUAGCUUAUUUGUAAAAUACUUUUGUUAUAGUCGACUGGGUUCGACGUUAUUCGGAGUUUAAAUUUAUAAAAGUAUGAAUAAUAAAUGGCAAAGUCAGUUGAUAAAAAUAUUUUUAAUUUUGGGAUCCGAUUAGAUGAGUGACAAUCUAUCGAGCAUUUUUUAUUGUUAGUGUAAAUUGUUAUUUUGUUUUAAGCAACUAGGUCUAAAGUAAUUUAAAUUCUGUAAAUAUUGAAUCUAUUGAUACUAAAUUUGAUUUAUUUCGCUUAGAUCAUUACGGUAGGUAAUGGAAAACUCAUAAAUACUGGGUCGAAUGAUUAUGUAACAAAUAUAAUAGUUUGAUGAUGCAUGUAAUUACAGUAAGAAUAACAUGAAAAUAAACUGUGAUUCUGACUUUUUAAUAUAAUAGACUGUAGUUAGUCUUAUAAAACAUUAAGGGCAGUACACGCUGUGCGUCUAUGCCAUUGUCCGAUAAUUGUGGUUAUAUUGCGUUUUCAUUUCCUAUUCUCUAUGUUUUAAUUCGAACUGUGUGAGUGCAGUGUGCACUGACUGUUUUGUAAAUGGAACGAGCUGCGUCGUUCUUAAUACUGCAGUUUCGGGUUGAAAAUGAUGGAUAACUAUGUGUAAGAAUAUGUUAAGAUGACACUUUGGUAAGGGUAACGAUGUGACAACUUUCUGCUGCUGACUAAUCAUAUGAAUCCAUAAAUUUAUAUUUACUAUUUUUUGAUGUAAUACAGAUAACCGCUCAUAAAACUUGAAACAAUUAUUUUUAUUUAUAAUUUUUAUGGUCUAUUGAUAACAUUUUAUCGGGAAUUAUCGUUGUUGUAAUAGAUUAUUUUGUACUUUGUAACCAAUCAGAGUAAUAUAAUUUGGUAUGAAAUGGAAAAGUUGUGUGAAUUUUUAGUGUUUUCUCUUGUUUGGUGUAUGUCUAUUAUACUCACCAUAUAACAGAAAACGCUAUUCUACAAAAUUUUGUUAUUACUGUUACAAGGUAUAAAGUAUAUGAGGAUUAUGUAUUUUAUUAUAAGUUCAUUGAACCAAAAUCAUACUUAUGCAUUAUACGCAUUAAACAUAAGUCAUUUCAAUUUAAUUUCUUUGCCUGUAAUGGUAUGCCUUUUUAAGACUGUGAUGUCUUAUUUGCUCUCUAUGUCAAAUAAAUAUGCCCACCCAUUUCUUGUUGAUACUAAUUGUAUGUCUAUCUUAACAAACGUUACCUCAUUCGAUAUCAAAGUGGCAUCAAUAUAUUCUUAGUGUCCAUCCUCAUGGCUUGCAGUUUAUGAUCAAACUUAAAAAACGAUUUGCACAAUAACAUAUCCUCUGACCGCUUAUCGAAAUCCCUUUUACACUAUUAUUUUUUUAUUACUUCUGGAAAGCAAUAAUGUAUUAUAUUAAAACUAACAAUAUUGUACUUCUCAUAAAUUUUAAUCGUCUGCAUGUCAUUUAAACGAUUAACGUAUGCAAAGCGAGCUAUUACUGUAUCUACGCAUUUCGCUGCUGACGAUUCGGAUUCACCGGCAUCUCACAUAACAUUGUAUAGUUAGAUAAUGGUGCGACCCUUCUGUCGUACGUAAAAACAAAGUACAAAAUAUUUUAUGUAUUGUAAUUUUUAUAUGUACGAUAUAGAGAAUAAAUAGCACAGGUAAUAAUUAUUAUGAACAUUCUUUUUAAGGAUAUAAAAACUGUAGAGUGUAUAAAUAUUAUAUAGAUUGUUUGUCAUGUUUCCGUCGCAAACAGUUCUUGACUUGGCUAGGAGGAACACUAACGAACUCAUCACUUCGUCCAUUAAUUUUAAAAUAUAAUUUUAUUAGCGAACAGAUGCCCGAUAAUAAAUGUACACUAUAUUUAUUCUUAUUUGGAUUCCUUAUGAAGGAACUCGAUGUAAAUAAUUGUCUUUGUGAAACAUAGCAGUACAGUAUUUAGACUUGAUAUUGAAAACUUUAUAUGAUAAGUAACAAAUGAGAAUUAUAAAAAAAAGUAUGUAUUAUGGUAAAAUUGGUAUUUACUCGUUUUCCUUUGUAACAGGGAUGUGAUAAACUUUUUAGCUAAAUAAGUUAAAAAGUAAAAAUAAUCUAAAUGCGUGUGCUAAAGAAAUUAUCGCAUCUUUGUAUUGCUGUUAAAAUGUCAAUUACUAAAUUUAAAUGCUUUUUAUAAAUUUUUCAUCCUUAAUCUUGAAGUCAGCCUCAGAAAGAAUUAUGUUUGUUUUUUCAGUAAAGUUUUAAUUAAUGCAGACUUAAUAGAUAUAACAAUUCUAAUGUGAGAAGUAUAAUAUAGUUUUGUUAAUUUAGUAUUUUGAAAAACGUUCCAAGUUAAAUCACCCCCAAGGCUCAUUGGGGGUGUUGUGACGUCGAAUGUUUUUGUACAUUACACAUAUGUCAUUCUGUUCUCAAAUUAUAUUCUCGAGUGGUGAUACGAGGAUGGAAUGGCCAUAAAGGCGUGCCUUCUCUGGCCAAGGUUGUUGCCGGCGUGGGAGAUGUUAGAAUUUUAAUAUUUGUAAAAAUAACAUUUGAUCUCAAGUGUGCAGCAAAAGUGAAAGUGAGAGCUAGACUGUUAUAAAGCAACAACCUCGAGCAGAUACGACCCGUCGCCGAUUUCCGACGUUCGGUUUUGAUUAGCAGAGCGUAAGGUUAUAAAAAUAUUGUGAUCAUAAUUAUAUUGUAGUUUUAAAAGCUAGGUUAUAGAGAUAAUUGUAUAUUUUGUACAUACUGAAAAUAGUAUUGUAUCUUUACUUCCCUUUAUCCAAACAACCCAGACUCCUGCGUGUUAUGUACCUCCUACCUACCAAUACUAUUAAAAAAAUAUUACACAAAA